CCUUCCCUCGGGACUGCUGCGCCUCGGGGCCCAGAGGCCGGGCGGGGCCCCGGAGCUGGAAGGGGGAGGGGCUCUUUCCUUUCCUCAGCCGGCGCCCCAAGCUGGGCUGGCGGUCUCCGGGCGGCCCCCAGGGCCCCGGCCCAUCGCCGGGUGGACUGCCCCGCCCUCGCUCUCCGGCUCCUGUCCUCAGCCGGGCUCGCUCUGCCCCUCUGGUGUGUUUGCGGGGCUAGGGGUGGGGUUGGCGAAGAAUGUGCCCUCUGACUCCCGCGGCUCCAGGACAGGUCAGCAGGAGACUCUUUUUGCCCCAUCUGAAGUCCAUAUGGCUCUGUAUGAUGAGGACCUCCUGAAAAAUCCCUUCUAUCUGGCUCUUCAAAAGUGGCGUCCUGACUUGUGCAACACGGUGGCCCAAACCCGUGGCAUUGUGUUAGUACCCUGCAAAGGAAGCCUGUCAGGCAGUGUUCAGUCUACUUGUCAGUUUGAGUCCUAUAUUUUGAUCCCAGUGGAAGAACACUUUCAGACGUUAAGUGGAAAGGAUGUCUUUAUCCAAGGAAACAGGAUUAAACUAGGAGCUGGUUUCGCCUGUCUUCUCUCAGUGCCCAUUCUCUUUGAAGAAACUUUCUACAAUGAAAAAGAAGAAAGUUUCAGCAUACUGUGCAUAGCCCAUCCUUUGGAAAAGAGAGAGAGUUCAGAAGAGCCUUCAGCACCCUCAGAUCCCUUUUCCCUGAAAACCAUCGAAGAUGUGAGAGAGUUUUUGGGAAGACAUGCAGAGAGAUUUGACAGGAACAUCGCCUCUUUCCAGCGAACGUUCAGAGAGUGUGAAAGAAAGAGCCUCCGUCAUCACAUAGACUCCGUGAAUGCUCUCUACACCAGAUGCCUCCAGCAGCUGCUGAGGGACUCCCACCUGAAAGUGCUCGCCAAGCAGGAGGCCCAGAUGAACCUGAUGAAGCAGGCUGUAGAGAUGUAUGUCCAGCACGAUAUUUACGACCUGAUCUUUAAAUAUGUGGGGACCAUGGAGGCAAGUGAGGAUGCUGCCUUUAACAAAAUCACAAGGAGCCUUCAAGAUCUUCAGCAGAAGGAUAUUGGUGUGAAACCUGAGUUCAGCUUCAACAUACCUCGUGCCAAGAGGGAGCUGGCUCAGCUGAACAGGUGCACGUCCCCGCAGCAGAAGCUGGCUUGUUUGUGGAAGGUGGUGCAGCUGAUCACCCAGUCUCCCAGCCAGAGAGUGAACUUGGAGACCAUGUGUGCUGAUGAUCUGCUAUCAGUCCUGUUGUAUUUGCUUGUGAAAACAGAGAUCCCUAAUUGGAUGGCAAAUUUGAGUUAUAUCAAAAACUUCAGAUUUAGCAGCUCAGCAAAAGAUGAACUGGGAUACUGCCUGACCUCAGUUGAGGCUGCAAUUGAAUAUAUCCGGCAGGGAAGCCUCUCCGUUAAGCCACCGGAGUCCGAGGGAUUUGGCGACAGACUGUUCCUUAAGCAGAGAAUGAGCUUGCUGUCUCAGAUGACCUCAACUCCCAUUGACUGCUUGUUUCAGCACAUCGCAUCAGGUAACCAGAAAGAAGUGGAAAGACUUCUGAGCCAGGAAGACCGAGAUAAAGAUGCCGUCCAAAAGAUGUGUCACCCUCUGUGCUUCUGUGAUGACUGUGAGAAACUCGUCUCUGGGAGGCUGAAUGACCCCUCCAUUGUCACUCCAUUCUCCAGAGACGACAGGGGUCAUACACCGCUCCACGUGGCUGCCCUCUGCGGGCAGGCGUCCCUCAUCGACUUUCUGGUUUCCAAGGGCGCGGUGGUGAACGCUACAGACUACCACGGCUCCACCCCGCUCCAUCUCGCGUGUCAGAAGGGCUGUCAGAGCGUGACGCUGCUGCUGCUGCACUACAAAGCCGGCGCCGAAGCGCAGGACAACAACGGCAACACGCCUCUGCACCUGGCCUGCACCUACGGCCACGAAGACUGUGUGAAGGCUCUGGUCUACUAUGACGUGCAGUCCUGCAGACUAGAUAUUGGUAACGAGAAAGGAGACACUCCGCUGCACAUCGCUGCCCGCUGGGGUUACCAAAGCAUCAUAGAGACGUUGCUACAGAACGGAGCGUCCACAGAGAUCCAGAACAGGCUGAAGGAAACGCCCCUCAAGUGUGCGUUAAACUCAAAGAUUCUGUCCAUGAUGGAAGCCCACCAUCCGUCCUUCGAGAGGGGGCAGAAGUCUUCGGAGGUAAGAGCACAGGGCUGCGCUUGCCGGCCCUACUUGAGACCAGCCUCUGUCUGGCCCUCACCCACCCCUCACCGGGCUCCCUGGCUGCAGGUGCCCGCGCGGCCCCCUCAGUGCUCCGUGGAUUCCAUCAGCCAGGGCUCCUCCGCCUCCAGCUUCUCCUCCGCGUCGCUGAGCUCCAAGCAAGAGGAGCCCAGAAAGGACUGCAGGGAGGUAGAAAAGCUUUUAAGAGCCAUUGCUGAUGGAGACCUAGAAAUGGUGCGUUACCUGUUGGAGUGGACAGAGGAGGACCUGGGUGAAGCGGAGGAUGCUGACAGGGAGGUGGAUCUUGAAUUUUGUCACCCCUUGUGCCAGUGCCCCAGAUGUGCUCCAGCUCAAAAGAAGCUGGCAAAGAUUCCUGCCAGUGGGCUUGGUGUGAAUGUGACCAACCAGGAUGGUUCCUCCCCACUGCACGUUGCUGCCCUGCAUGGUCGGGCGGACCUCCUCCUCCUCCUCGUGAAGCACGGUGCCAGUGUGGGGGCCAGAGACGCAAAGCAGGCCGUCCCACUCCACCUGGCCUGCCAGAAGGGCCACUUCCAGGUGGUGAAGUGUCUACUAGAUUCUAAUGCAAAACCCAAUAAAAAGGAUAUAAGUGGAAACACCCCCCUCCUUUAUGCCUGUUCCAGAGGCCACCACGAAGUUGCGGCACUGUUGCUGCAGCAUGGGGCCUCCAUUAAUGCUUCUAACGAUAAGGGCAACACAGCACUGCACGAGGCAGUGAUAGAAAAGCACGUCUUCGUGGUGGAGCUGCUUCUGCUUCACGGAGCAUCAGUUCAGGUCUUGAACAAGAGGCAGUGCACAGCUAUAGACUGUGCUGAACAGAAUUCAAAAAUAAUGGAAUUGCUUCAGGUAGUACCAAGCUGUGUGGCCACGUUAGAUGAUGUUGGAGAAACAGACCACAACGAGUACGUUACUGUCAAGAUCAGGAAAAAAUGGAACUCCAAAAUGUAUGAUCUACCAGAUGAACCUUUUACAAGACAGUUUUACUUUGUCCACUCAGUUGGUCAGUUUAAGGGAAGGACCUCAAGGGAGAUUACGGCAAGAGACAGAAGUGUCCCUAAUUUUGCUGAAGAUUCUUUGCAUGAGCCAGGGAGGCAAAGAGUCACUCGGAAGCAGAAUAACCUGCCAGACCAGAGCAGCUCUCAGACGGCUGACAAAGGAAACGAUGGUCAGCCGGAGAGGCCUGGACCGACACCCACUGCUCCCGGACAGAGGCGAAUGCUCCGUAGACACACAGUCAAGGAUGCGGUUGUUCCCAAGGGCCCAGAGACUGCUGGCAACCUGACCACUGCCCAAGAGGCUAGCAUUUCCCAGUCUUAACAGUAAGAAGGAAUUAUCUACUGCCAAGAAGUGAGUCCUCAACAAGAAGAUGCCAAGCAUGAGUACAGCUUAGAACUAAAUGAACUUACUGUUUGUCUUGAGAGAAAAGCAGAACGGUCCUGAAAGCUUCUGUGGCUGAUGGAAAGAACGCAACAACAAAAAGCUAUCACCAUCUCUUUCCUCUUCAAAGCUAAUGGAUACACUUGAGAAGGCAUAUGGACAAAAAUUCCAGCAGUGUCCAGAUCCUUAAGAUGUUUCUUCUUACGUAUUAGGGUUCCUUGGUUACAGUGAGGUUUCACCACCAGAUUCUGACCUCCUUCUCCUGAAAGGUGCUAGACCUCUGGGAUGUGUAUAAACUUGCAAACCACAGGUAAAAGAAUUCCUCCCUCUGCGAUGAGCUGAAGAGAAGCAAUUUAGGUUUCAUGGUACCAUGGAGGCUGGGUGGAAAAGUUGCAUUGGAAUGAAGGAAAUAGGACCUGAGAAAUGGCCCUUUGCAAAGCAACACUUGAACCCAAAGAUGCCUAAAUGCCAUUUUGAUGCUCAUUUUAGUUGAAAGGACACAUAUGACAUGUUCUACACUAUGUAUGUGGGGAAAGUUGGGUAUAAUUUUUCUUCUAAAAAAUUGGGUACAUACAAUUGAUCACUGCACUUAUACACCUGUAGCAGUGUCUCUUGAAAAAUCCCUUUCUGUUAAGAGCCUCCCUUAAAUGUCACACCUGAUGGAUGGUUCCUGAACUAGACAGUAGCCUUGGCACACCUUUUCUUAGUCUUUUGAUUCAGAUUCAAAACUUACAGCACAAACCAGGUCAAAGUUACCUUAAAUUAGAAUUUAUUGCAUUUAUUCCUUUUUAUAAAUUUCUAUAUAGCUUAUACUCAUUUUUUGUUAUCAAUUGGUCUAGAGCUGCAAACAUGGGUUUGUCCAGAGUACAUUUUCAAACAACUUUGUAACAGGAAAAUGGUUCUGUGCAUGUUCUUGGAAACACUUGCGUAUGUACAGAAGGGAGGGGCUGAUUAUUUUUCUACAAAGUAAUUUAUGAUUUUUAAUUUUCUAAUGUGCCUUGGACAUGUGCCAAAUGAUGGAAAAGAAACAGUAAACUUUAUGAUUCUUGAGCGUGUCAUGGUGUACUUUUUUGAGUUUGUUUUGCUAGGGAGAUGUGUUUCUCAGCCUUUCUGCUAUAAACGUGCUUUGUAUAUGGAAAAAUCUUCC